AUGGCUCUCCCCAGGGAUCGCUUUCGUGCUCUCUCCUGGGCUAGCCAGUUUCUGGCCUACCGACGGCCAUCCUGGAAAUGCGCUUCCUGCAGGACACCCCGAAUAACCUCCGCGGCCCUUCCGCGCAGAUUCGCGACAUCAGCGUCUGAAGGCACAAAGAAGCCUUACUAUGUGACAACCCCUAUUUUCUAUGUCAAUGCAGCGCCCCAUGUCGGUCAUCUAUACACUAUGGUUAUCGGAGAUGUGGUGAAGAGGUGGCGGACACUGAAUGGGGAACAUGACGCCCAAUUCUUGACGGGAACGGACGAACACGGGAUGAAGAUUCAACAAGCUGCACUCGCCGCGGAUAUGGAUACCCAAGCUUUCUGCGACAUGAACUACAAAACAUUCGAGGCGUUGGCAAAAUCGGCGAACCUAGAUAACAACUAUUUCAUUCGAACGACCGAGCCGGCGCAUAAGGAGGCUGUUCAGUAUUUCUGGGAAAUGUUGAGCCACAGGGGUUAUAUUUACACCGCAAAGCACGAAGGCUGGUACUCCGUCAGCGAUGAAACAUUUUACCCCCCAUCUCAGGUGCAGAAUUCUUUGGAUCCAACCACUGGACGGAAAAGAAUGGUGUCAGUCGAAACCGGAAAAGAAGUGGAGUGGUCCUCGGAAACAAACUAUCACUUCCGCCUCUCUGCCUUUCAAGAGCGCCUGUUGGACCUAUACAAGUCGGACUUCAUCACUCCUUCAAACUACGCUACGGAUGUGGUCCGAUCGGUUUCUUCAGGUCUCCAAGAUCUGUCGAUUUCUAGACCUAAGGAGCGCUUGAAUUGGGGCAUCCCCGUUCCUGGAGAUGAGACGCAAACAAUCUAUGUCUGGCUUGAUGCGCUGAUCAACUACCUGACCAAGGCGGGAUAUCCAUUCCCUCCCGGUCAAGAGGGCCGACUUGGAUGGCCAGCAAAUGUCCACGUUGUGGGCAAGGACAUUGUUCGAUUCCACUGCGUGUAUUGGCCCGCCUUCCUGAUGGCACUGGAUCUCCCUCUGCCGCACAAUGUCCUCGUUCACGGACAUUGGACCAUGAAUCAUGAAAAGAUGUCGAAGUCCACGGGAAAUGUAGUGAACCCGUUUUUCGCUAUCGACCGGUUCGGCGUGGACACCAUGCGUUUCUUCCUUGCCUACCAAGGCGGCUUCGCGGGAGAUUCCGACUACGACAAUCAGUACAUUAUCCGUGAUUACAAGAAAGUACUGCAAUGGGGCAUCGGGAAUCUGGCGUCGCGACUAGCAGGGUCCUCCAAAGGGAAACUCCGAACCCACAUCGUUAACGGGACGUCCGACAGCCUUCCGCCAGCUAGUCAGGAUGAUCUCGCGUAUCAGAAACUGAUUGAGGAAACGCCUCUCAAGGUGGCAGAACAAAUGGAGAAACUCAACCCGCGUGCAGCUCUACACGAGAUCAUAAACUUGAUUGAACAGGCCAAUAAAUAUUUCCAUGCAUCGGAACCCUGGAAAGGCGCUGAAAAUGCCCCUCGCUGUCUGUACCUCGUUUCCGAGUCGCUACGAAUCACUGGCAUCCUGCUGCAACCAUACAUGCCCACCAAGGCCAGGGAGCUUCUAGACUACCUCUGUGUAGACAGCACGGAUCCCUCGAGCCGGAUGUUCUCGGCGGCAAAAUUAAAUUCAGAUCCCAAUUAUGGAGAAGGCGUCCGCAAGACGGUCCUAUUCCCCCCUCUUAUCUCUGAGGAGUAA